GUGUGAUCUGGCACGGAGGCGGGAGGGGAGCAAGUCCUGGACGAGGUUUGAGCCAGAAGCACUCCACUCCCGACUUUAAUCGACAUUCCUCCGUUAGUCAGGCUCGCAAAACUGAGCACAACAAUUCACUGUGCGUAAUUACGCACGGCGACGAAAUAUUCUCGGUGUUGUCUCGCUGUGGAAGCCUGCGGACAAAGGAAGGCAGAAAGGCUGGAGUACAACAACUGACUUGAGAGGAGAGGAGGACUGUUGCAGGGGGAACAGGGGAAUCUGCAGUCGGAAGUGAUUUGUCUUUUUUCGGAAAUGUAAGUUUCGUCCAGCAAUUUGGAGAAGAGGCGAAUCUGUUUGGAAACAGAGGAGAAAGGGACACAAAGUGGAGCGGUGAGUGGAAUCAGUCCUCUAACAGCAUCCAGAUCCUCGGAGCAUGGGAAGAGUUGUCUGCCAGCUGUAAAAUGUUCCCGCUACAUCGAGACAGGGAGCAGCCCAUCUUCAGCGCCCGAGCUCAUGUCUUCCAGAUUGACCCGGCCACCAAACGCAACUGGCUGCCGGCCAGCAAACACGCCGUCAGCGUGUCCUUCUUCUACGAUGCCAGCCGCACCGUCUACCGCAUCAUCAGCGUGGGCGGGACCAAGGCCAUCAUCAACAGCACCAUCACCCCCAACAUGACCUUCACCAAAACGUCCCAGAAGUUCGGGCAGUGGGCGGACAGCCGGGCCAACACGGUCUACGGCCUGGGCUUCUCCACUGAGCAGCAGCUGCACCAGUUUGCAGAGCAGUUUAAGGAGGUGAAGGAGGCGGCACGUCUGGCCAGAGAGAAAUCUCAAGAGAGGUUUGAACUGUCCAACCCGGCGCUCAACAUUGCAGCUCCAGAGCUUUCCCAGGAGCUGUCGGAGGAGCGCCACUCCCCGCCGCUGCUCACCGUCAAUGGGCCGGGCGAGGAAAAGCUGUUUCGCAGCAAGAGUGCUGAAGUCGAGCUGACGGUGGAGAAGGAGAAAGUCAAAAAAAUGUUGUCUGAAGGGUCAAUGUGUGAGAUAAACCUGGAGGCCGAGCUCUUCACGCUGCAGGACAGUAACGCUAAGCUGGUGGCGGCUCUGCAGGAGGCCAGCAGCAGCGUGGAGCAGUGGAAGCAGCAGCUGGAUGAAUACCAGGAGGAGACCGACCGCCUCAGAGACCAGGUGGCGGAGCUUGAGGGCCAGCUGGGGCACCCUGCUGCCGGUCAGUCUGCGAGAGAGGAGCUGAGUCAGUCCCUGGAGGAGCUGGAGGCCCUGCUGAGCGCCAAAGAUCAGGAAAUUCACAGUCUACAGAGCAAGAAAACAGAUGUGGGUGAGCUGGAGAAGGAAAGAGAAGAGACCAUACAGAGACUUGAGGAUCUGGAGAGACUCAACAGCGACCUGGAGGAUCGGGUCCAGAGUACUGAGAAGACGCUGGCGUCCAGCCGGGAGGAGCAGAACCAGGCGGAGGUCGAGGUCCAGCGCAUCAUCGAGGUUCUGGACGUCAAAAUCUGCGACCUGAAUGACUUGAGACAGAGCCUGGCAAAACUCAUCGACAAAUAGCCACAGCUGCAGUCGGGUUGCAUCUCCACAGUCAGUUCCAACCAUGGCGCUUUGAUUUGUGUUUUACUGGUUUAUCAGGAGAGCAACCAUCAAAACACUAUGGAGGAACCUUUACUGGUGUUUACCUCCAUGGAUCUGUGUUUAUAAGAUCAGUGCAGGUAAACAGCAGGUAUCAGAAUCCUCUUUAAGGUGCUAUGUGCAGAAUAAAACAGUAUUGUGACAUUAAUACUGGAGCCUCGGUAUGAUUAUCAUAAACAGUUGACAGUGUGGUUCAACUUGCUACUAUAGCUUGUUUCUCUAUAUCCUUGAUCCUAGCAGCUGCAUGUCAUUUAGCCCCUGAAGAGGAUAACAGGAUUUAUACACCAGGUUUUUAUUCUUUUCUCUAUCUGCCAUCAAUGAACACUCUGAAAGCUUUCCAUCAAUUAUCUCCAGAAUAGCAGCACUCUCCUCUGUAUGAUGCUAUAGCAGUCCAGCGUAUUCUGUCAGUAUCUGACGGUUUACAAUGUGAAAUGCUGAGUAGUGGAUCCUGAAUGGUCUGAAUUGUUUAUGGUAAUUUUACUGAUGCCCCAAAGGACUGAGGUAAUCAUUUAUUGAUAUCAAAACAUACUUAAAGCACCUUGAGGAAUUAAACCAAAAUUAAUAUUUUGCAAAAGUAGACAUUUCGUACCCGUUAUUCAGUUUUGAUGUGACGUACUGUAUCUUUAUUUAAUACAGAGAGGGUGAUCCACUUGUAUAAGUAUAUUCCUUUACUGAAUUAAGUGGCAGAAAAACUAGGAAAGAAGCAAAAUAAGUUCCUGACAGUGUUUAUUAAAAGCCAGCAGUGUGCCGCUUUCCUGCAGGGACAGUGAACCUGCAGUCCCAAAACAUUACACGUAUUAAAACUUGAGAUGGUUGAAAAAUAAAGGUUCAUGUGCAAUUACAUUUUAAUACCUAUAUUUGAUCAUAAUUCUGCACCUCUGGUUUAUAGAAACAACAAUAAAACUGUCCAUAAAUGUUUUGUUCACUUCAGUUUGGCAGAAGUCUUAAACAGCCCAAAUCUGAAGUGAGCCCUGUGUAGAUAACAUUUAUAGAUAUGUAUUUUCUCACAAGGUUUUGUAGAACUCAAAAGUCACUGCAAGUAAUAGAAAUGUCUACUUUUACACAAUAACAACUUUGAGUACAGUUCAUGUUGAGGACACCGUUCAUUAAACACUGUGGAGAUGUACCCAGGAAGAGUGAGGUCAGCACACAUCGAGGCAAAAACAAAGCUGAAUAACUCCAGCUCCAGUUGACCAUCAGCAGGCUGGACUUGCUUCACACCAGCCAGAACAAAACAAACCAAUAGAUUCAAAACAUUACCCAAAUGUGUCCUGCCAUUGUACAACCUUUUUUCUCCAUGUUUCAUAAGGACUGCUCUUUUCUCACCACUAUAUUCUAUUAUUCAUUGAUGGGUUACUCACUGUCAGAAUGGGAAAUUGGAGAUUGCUAUCACCCAAUGUUCUGCUAAAUUCAAGCUGCUACCGGGUUGAUCAGCAUUUGAAGGAGAGGUCCAGACAUGUGGCUGUGGACAGAGACACUACUUUCCCACCCUGCUGAGUUGAACCUGGGGCUACACUUGAUUAUGUUUGUGCCAAGUUUGUUUUGUUUACAUGUGUCAAUGUCCACAAUAUCAUCCGGUUCUACUUUAUGUACAUGUUCUUCUUUGCUCAACACUAACACAUACCAUAACAGUAAAAAUAACUCGCAGAGCAUAGAUCACAAAGAGAGCACUGCAUGAGAUCUGAAGAAGCCCCGUAGCUGCCGAGGAAUCUGAAGCUGCUUGUGUGCACAAAACUUAGCAGGCUUCAACCUGACAGUGCUCGAGGUAAAAAGCACAAAUGCAGUGGUUUUAGUAAAUAGGUACUCAAUUCAGUUGUCUGUCAGCUUUGUAUGUGAACCUCUGAUGCACAGUAUCUAUUAAUACCCCCGAUGAGUUAUUGAAUACAUAAUUUGAUGUAAUAUAGGUACAAAUAAUGUGCAGCUCAAUAUGCAGUAACUGCCACAAUCCUACUAACAUGUCAACGUGAUGGUAAUAUAAUAAACUACCAGUUAAUCCACCAGAACCCUUUAAUUACCGUAACCUGCAAUUAUUGCUUUUAGGGGUUGUAUCAUAACUGAUGGUUUAUUUAUAAUGACACUGUUUAAUAUAUAGUUUGAGUUAGAUUUCCAGUCCUACAAGAUUGCACAAACAUAUCACAUUUACUGUCCUAAAAUCAGUACUGUCAGUUCAUGUUAUUUUCAUCAAUUUGACAAGUUGAUAAACCAUCUUGGAGUUCUGACAUCAGCUGCUACAUGUAAGAAUUAUUUAAUUAGCAAUAAUGUUUUUAGCUUAGAUGACUGAUAAUAGUUUACAGGUUAUAAGACCCCUAUAAAGCCUUUUUCUUCUCAGUUUCAUCAUCAGAAGUGCUUUUUCACAACUGGAUUUAUUAAUGGCUUCGCCACCAGAUUGUGCCCAGUCUUAUUGAGCAUGGAGAAAUUGUAGAGGCCAUCGCCCCCUCUGCACGAGCUCAUCAUGGUUGAUGUCACAAACACUUUGCUUCACAAGGGCCUUAUUCCAGUGUAUCACUAAUGCACAAUAACACUGUACAUACAUGAUAUUUCUGUGUACACAGAAAUGGGAGCGCCAGGCUGCAACAGCAAUUUCAGUAAUAUUGUAGGUUUCAAAAAAAUGUAAGAAGAAAUCUACAGAAUAUUUGAGACUAUUCAGGGAUCUGCUACUGAUGUACUUAUUGUUUCAAUAUGGCCGCCCAUAAAUGUUAAAACCCCCUUAUUGAAAGGGAUAACCAUGGUUCAGAUAACCAUUUUAACUGAACCAUGUGGUUCAGUUAAAAUGCGGGACAUUAUAAAAAAAAAAAAUGGUAUAGUAAACAGAAUGUUUUAAAUAUCGGAGUGGAUUCCUUUUUAUACUGUAUACACUGGAAUAAGGCCUUUAAAAAAACAAAAGCUACAGCUUCAAAAGAAAAUGCAGUACCAAAGAUGCACCUGCCAUGAUAAAGCCACUUAACUGGAAAAAACACAACUUCAUCUCAGAUGUUUUAAAUCGAACUUGUUAUUAUAAUUGCUGUGUCUACAUUUUACAUUUCAGUAAGACCCAAAUGACCUCACGUUGCUUUAGUUAGUUGCAUUGAAGUGUUGGUCAAUAAGAGGAAAAAUUGGUCCUUCAGACGCCGUUUUGAUCUUUUAUAAGAAUAACUAAGCUUGUGGAGAGCAUGUGUUUGUAUGGUACAAUAUUUAGAAAAUGUGAGAUGAGUUCCUUAUAUUUGUAUAGAACUGUUUGACAUUAAAACUCAGUCAUGUAAA